AUGGAUCGGCCAAAAUCAGCAAAGAUCUCUCUUCUUGCCGUCUGGACAACACUUCUUGUCUUAUCCGUAAACGGCCAAUCAGAUUGUAACACCCACAGGUUCACCAAUAACCAAGCUUUCACUCAAUGCUCUCCUCUCUCUGCUCUCGGCUCGUUCCUUCACUGGACCUUCAACGAGCAAAACAGAACCGUUUCGAUCGCUUAUCGCCACCCUGGAACCUCAGCUUCCUCUUGGAUCGCUUGGGGACUUAAUCCAAGUGGUCCUCAGAUGUUGGGGACACAAGCUCUCGUGGCUUACACCAACUCUAGUGGUCAGUUCCAAGGAUAUGCCUCACCAAUUACUCAGAUAGCCACGCGGCUCGAACCCGGGAACCUUAGUUUCCGUGUGAGCCGCAUCUCGGCGACUAUGGUAAACGGCGAAGCUACGAUCUUUGCGACUCUUGAGUUGCCGGCGAGUAUGAUCACGGUUAACCAGGUUUGGCAAACCGGUCCGGUCGCUAAUGGUGUUCCUCAGGCUCAUCUGAUAUCGGGAGACAAUAUGAGAGCGAUUAGUACGAUUGAUUUCCGGUCGGGUCAGUCAUCGGGUACUGGUGGAGCUUCCGGUGACAGGUUGAAGAAGAGAAAUACACAUGGAAUACUAAAUGCUGUGAGCUGGGGAGUACUAAUGCCAUUAGGAGCAAUGACGGCUCGGUACAUGAAAGUCUUCACCCAACCAGCAUGGUUCUACCUCCACAUCGCCUUCCAAGUCUCCGGUUACGUUAUCGGCGUAUCUGGCUGGGCCACCGGAAUCAAGCUUGGCAACGACACACCAGGCACAUCUUACUCAACCCAUCGUAACCUUGGAAUAGCACUCUUCACAUUCGCAACACUUCAAGUGUUUGCUCUGCUUCUAAGGCCAAAGCCAGACCACAAGUAUCGAAUCUACUGGAACGUGUACCAUCACUCCGUGGGAUACACGACCAUCAUCCUCUCUAUCAUCAAUAUCUUCAAAGGAUUCGACAUUUUGGACCCGGCCGAGAAAUGGCGUUGGGCUUAUAUUGGAAUCCUCAUUUUUCUUGGUGCUUGCGUCUUGAUUCUUGAGCCACUCACUUGGUUUAUCGUUCUUCGACGUAAAAGCCGUGGAGGUAAUACAGUUGCUGCACCGGUUGCAAACAAGUACUCUAAUGGCGUCAAUGGUACCACUACCACAGGACAGCAUCACCAGGAGGCUUAG